AUGGCGGCGGCCGGCUGCGGCGCCCGCGCCCGGACCCUGCGGGCCCCGGGGAACGUCGUCCUCGCCGCCGCCUCCCGCUCCCUCUUCUUCUCGGCCUCCCGGCCCGGCGGCGCCCAGCGGCUGGCCGAGAAGCUCCGGAAGGCGAAGCAGGAGAAGGAGGGAAAGAAGGCGGCGGCGGCGGUGCACCUGACCUCCCUCCAGAGGAGGGUCCGGGAGCUGGUGCAGUACACCCGCCAGCUGCACCGGAUUCACCCCAACGUCCUGGCCAAGGUGCUGAAGGAUGGCAUCCUCUAUCAAGACAAGGAGCUUGUGGUCAUCGACAAGCCCUAUGGGCUCCCCGUUCACGGGGGCCCCGGGAUCCAGCGCUGCAUCACCGACGUGCUGCCCAUCCUGGCCAAGAUGCUGGACGGGUUCCGGGCCGAGCCGCUGCAUCUCUGCCACCGUCUGGACAAGGAGACCACGGGAGUCAUGGUGCUGGCCCGCAGCAGGGAUGUGGCCCAUCAGGUCCAAGGGCAGUUCAAGAUGCGCCAGGUGGCAAAGACGUACUGGGCUGUGUGCGUGGGGGUCCCGGUGCACUCUGAGGGGGUGGUGGACAUCCCCAUCGUGGAGAAGGAGGUGCAGAGCCAACAGCAGCACCACAAGAUGACCCUCGCCCCCAACUACCACCUGGAAGACGGGAAGAUGGUGAAGCGGCGCGUCAGCCGGGACGCCGACAGCGCCGUCACCCAGUACCGGACGCUGAGCGGCACGACCUCCUGCACCCUCCUGGAGCUGCGGCCCAUCACCGGGGUGAAGCAUCAGCUCCGGGUCCACCUGGCCUUCGGGUUGGGGUGUCCCAUCCUCGGUGACCACAAGUACUCGAACUGGAACAAGCUGGCGCCCCAGAAGCUGCCCCCCGUCAUCCUGAAGAGCCUAGGCCUGGAGCAGAGGAAGAGUCGCUACAUCCCCCUCUUCCUGCACGCCCAGCGGCUCACCCUGCCCGCCCUGGGAAACCGCAGCCGGGACCUUGAUCUGGAGUGCCCGCCCUCCGCCUUCUUCGAGCGCUGCUUGUCUCGCCUGGGGCUGGAGCCCCCAGGGAGAAACUGAGGCUGGCAGAAAGGAAGCGGCGGGCGGGCGGGGCCGACCCGGCCCGUUCCCCGCUCCCUCAGCGCCGGCGGGGGCACCGACCGUGGAAGCCCGCGUGAGCCGAAGAGAGGCGGAGGGCCGGCUGCUCCCGGACGUCGUGGGCACCGAGAGCGGCUCCCACGAUCGGUCCGUGCGCCGGCCCCCGGCGGACCCCCCCCGGGCCCGGUAAAGACGACCGGCUCCCUGCCAGCCUCCGGGCAGGGGAACGGGCCCUCUGGGCUCUGGGCCCUGGCCCGUCUGGGGUGAGGGAACCCCAGCAAGUCCCCUGAGCCGUGGCCCCUCGUCCCGAGUCGGACACUGGGGCGGGUACCCUCGCUGCCGCCCCCGGGGGUCACUUGGUCCCGGCCGCCCCCCACCUCUGAGCGGGCCGCGUCCAGCCCCUUAGACCCCGGCAGGCGCAAUGUAGCACUGCCUAUCUGCCCCGCCUCAUUCUUGAGGCAGCAGAGACCCUCCGGCACAGUCUUGCAGGGCCGAAAGAUGACACCCCCCCACCCCGCCCCCCGGCCCUCAACCCCCACCUUAAAGAGGAAAAAAAGCCCUUCGUGCUGUGGCCCGGA